AUGGCCUCUGAUGCUCUCAAGGUCAACGGGAGCCGACCGGGCAAUGUUCGACACCCCACCGCGCCGGGCAUGAUGAUGAACGCUCAUUUCGCCAACGUUGGCGAGGAUGCCGACAAGGAGGCUUACGAGCAUGGCGUCCAAGUGGUUGACGAGGACAAGGUCUUCAACCCAAAUGUCUCCAAAUACCUCAACAUCGAGCAUAUCAUCCCAGCAGGCUUCAACUACCACCUCAUCGCCGUCUUUGGAUCGCAAUCUACGGGCAAGUCAACCCUCCUCAACCACCUCUUUGGCACCCAGUUCGGCGUCAUGUCAGAGCAGGAGCGCCGCCAGACCACAAAGGGAAUAUGGAUGAGCAAGAACAAGCGUGAGGCCGGUGGCUCGGGCAUGGCGGAGAACAUCUUGGUCAUGGACGUGGAAGGCACAGACGGUCGAGAGCGUGGAGAGGAUCAAGACUUUGAGCGCAAGAGUGCUCUCUUUGCGCUUGCGACCAGCGAAGUCCUCAUCGUCAAUAUCUGGGAGCAUCAGGUCGGUCUAUACCAGGGCGCCAAUAUGGGCCUGUUGAAGACUGUCUUCGAAGUCAACCUGCAGCUGUUCGUAAAGGACAGCAAAACCAUCCCGAAAUCUCUCCUAUUCUUCGUCAUCCGUGACCACCUCGGCACAACACCCCUCAAGAACCUACAGAAUACCAUCAUUCAAGAUCUAUCAAAACUGUGGUCCGCCAUAUCGAAGCCCCCUGGCCUCGAGAACUCACGCAUCGAGGACUACUUCGACUUCGCAUUCGUUGCACUGCCGCACAAGAUCCUGCAACCAGAGAAAUUCGAGGAAGCAGUCACCAAGCUGAGUCAGCGCUUUAGGGAAGGGUACAACGACCCCAAGAAGAGUGGUCUCCUCGACGAGGCGGAGCUUCCCAUCUUCCUGCCCCAGUACCACCGCCGCAUUCCCGCAGACGGUUUUCCAACGUACGCGGAGGGCGUUUGGGACCAAAUCGUGCACAACAAGGAUCUCGAUUUGCCCACACAGCAAGAGCUCCUGGCACAGUUCAGGUGCGAUGAAAUUGCAAGAGAAGUUCUAGUGGCAUUCGACGAAAAGAUCACGCCACUUGAAGACAAGCAGGCGGAGGAUGCUAGAAUAGGGCAGCCAACGAUUAUCCCAGAUCUUGGACCUAUCAUGAACGCAGCACGGGCGCUCGUUCUCAAGGACUUCGACACAAAUGCAAGUCGUUAUCACAAGGGUGUCUACAAGAGGAAGCUGGCAGAGCUGGAAGGCAAGGUUGACACACGACUGAAGGCUCUCAGUCAGAAGCAGAUCGGUGCCGCGCACAAGUCUGGUAUCGACGAAUUCAGCAAUGCUGUCAGCACAGCAGUCAAGCUUGGCCAGAAGAAGGGGGGCUCGUACGACUUCGCUCAGAUCGUGGACUCAGAGAAGAAGAAGGCUUUGGCCAAAUUCGAGGAGGAUGCCAAGUCGAUCGCAAUCCAGGGCGCCUCUUGGAGCGAUACUACACAUCAGCUGGCACUGUACCGCAAAGAGCUAGAUGAGGUAUCGAGUCGUCUGCGCAAGGAAGAGAUGAGGCGGUUGGCCACACGCAUAGAGCGUUGGGUUCGAGGUCGCCUGGACGAGUCGAUCGGUCUUGAGUUUAACAAACUUGGAUCCGGGCGAGGCGGUUCCGGCGCACCUGAGCACGGCGAGAAGCCAGCGACUGAGAAGGACCUGUGGGACCGUGUCUGGGUCAUCUUCACAGACACUGUUUCCAGUGCCGAGAAGCGCUUCACUGACCGCGCUCAAAGUUUCGACGCCAGCCCUGACGAAGUUGAGGUUGGCCUGUGGAGGUUGCGCCGCAAGUCAUGGAGUGUUCUCCGCGCGAAGAUUGACGAGGAGGUCAUGGAAGGCAACAUCUUGCUCAAGCUGAGGGAGAACUUCGAAGACAAGUUCCGCUACGAUGAGCAUGGUGUCCCAAGAAUAUGGCGCCCCACCGACGACAUCGAGGGUGUUUACACAAAGGCCCGCGAAUCUACUAUCACUGUCAUCCCACUCCUCGCUCGCUUCAAGCUCUCGAAGACUUCUUCGCCGCCACCGCUUGACGCCUGGAUUGGAGAGGCCCCUGCAUCUGUGUCGCCUGCCGACGAGGAGGAUUUGGCGCCAAUCGGCGGUCUCGACGAUGAUGAGGGCAAAACUUUGCAAGAGGAAAUGAUCGUCUUGUCCGACAGCAAGCAGGCCGACCUACUGGUCCGUUUCAAGAAGACGGCAGAUGGUGUCUACGUGGAAGCGAAGCGCAGCGCCAUUGGCGGUAUGACACAAGUGCCACUCUACUUUUACGGACUGCUGCUUGCGCUGGGCUGGAACGAGAUAGUAACCGUUCUACGUAACCCUGUAUAUUUCAUCUUCCUCAUCCUCGCGGCCAUCGGUGCGUACGUCACAUACACACUCAACCUCUGGGGGCCUAUGGCGCGCAUGGCCAACGCCGCAUCAUCACAGGCUCUCGACAUCGGUAAGGAGCGUCUCCGUGACUUCCUCGAGUCCAGCGAGUCUGGCAGGAGGGCUAUUGCGCAGAGCGGUCUCGAUGACAACACGCGUCCGAGAGACGUUGGUGUGAGAAUGGACAGGCUGAAUGCCAAUGGGAAGAAGCAUGAUGACGAGGACUUGGACGACAUUUGA